UACUCAACACCAAAGAGCUCCACCAAUACUUGUAUGACCACUCCAACUUCAAAAUUAAGCAAGUUUCAGCCAGGCUUGGUCCAUCACCUAUGCAUUGCUGUUUACCUAGUUUAUUGCUCAGUUACCUCAGAAAAGGUCAAUUUCUGUCACUGUCCGGAGACUGCCUCACCUGUCCGUUAACUACCUCCACCACCCGGUAGCCUUUUAAAAAAUUCCUAAAAUCUCCAGGACAAGAAUUUCUGAAAAUCCUUCAUGAAUAGAAUCUGGUAGACGGUAGACCCAGUGCUUUCCAAAGGAUCGUGAGACCAGUGCAGUGAGACCCUUCCAAACGUUAGGUGUCCGUAAACUACCUCCGUUACUCUAUCUAUUUUCCGAGUCUGCGCCGCAGCUACUGGCUCACUGCAAGUGCAAGAUAGUGGCCAGCUUUUUCCACAAUGGCUGAACCGAGGUUAUUAAGUGAUCAAGAUGAUGAGGAAGAUAUUGAUCAUGAAAGAGCUACUGGCACUCGUGAAACAAUUUCUGAUGAUAUUACCGAUCUAUCAGAAUACAACGAAAGCAUGUCUACAAUGAAGCAUAUCUUGACGAGUGAAGGAACUUCAUCAGAUAUUCAUCUGCUUGUGGUGGGAAAAACCGGCCAGGGGAAGUCAACUUUUAUUAACAGCUUGAUAGAGUUAAAAAAAGAGAUUGCAAAAGAGGGAGCAGAGAUAGACAUGUGUACCGAAUCAUGUCACUCUUACAUUCAUCCUGAGCUGUUACCAGGUGUCAAAGUGAGGGUUAUAGACUCACCUGGUUUGCAGGAUAUGCAUGCUAAUGAACAGUCAUACAUCGAUAAAAUAAAGGCUCAUUGUCAGAAGGUUAGCCUCGUGCUGUACUGCAUGAAAAUGACUGAUCACAGGCUUGAUAGCGAUGAUACGUUAGCUCUGCAUAGACUGCAUCAAGCGUUUGGCUCUGAUUUUUUGAAGAGAGUUGUAAUUGUGCUCACUUUUGCUAACAAAGAAGACUGUGCACAGAGAGAUAGCCGAGACGAGGAAGAUGAUGAGCCUCCAUUCUCAGAUAUAGAAGGAUGGGCGAGGUUAUUAAGAAAGAGGUUUGUUAAUAGAGUGCAACUACGUGCAGCUGAUAUCAAUGCUUUCUUAAAGCAACGUCUACAGAUUAAUGAUUUGGUGGUUCAGGUUGUACCAGCUGGCUAUUAUAAGCCAACAUUUUCUGAUCGUUACCCAAUGAAGCUUCCUGAUAGAGAGAACUGGUUACAUGACUUGAUAAAAUUUGCUCAUUCACAAAUCAAGGAAAAACAUAAUUUUAGCUUGUGGAAUUUAAAUGAUAAGAUUCAUUUGGCUAUCAUUAUUGAUAAUCAUGGUCAAGUAAGGGAAGAAGAAGAUGGGACUAAGACAAUUAAUGAUGAUGCUCAGAAAAUCAAAGAAACUCUUAAUACCCUUGGGUUUUGUACCCUCUAUUUCAACUCACUCAGUUCUCAAACGAUCAACACUCUACUGGAAGCGCUUCAUCACAUUGAUCACUCUCAGUUGGCCACAUUUGCUCUCAUUUUCCUUUGUAAGGGCAAGACCAGACACCUUUACGAUUGCAACAGCGAAAUGAUUGAGGCUGGCAAAAUUUUUGGAUGCCUCCAAGAUGAUCAGUCUCCUUUUGCUCAAUUACCAAAAAUCUAUUACUUUCAUAUAGCCCAUGACCAGGAGCCCAAAGAGAAACUUGAGGUUUUGUCCGUUCCUUCUAAAAAUUCCAUUCUUCUCAUAACGUCAGUAAUCCAGAAGAAUAGCAGUGUGGUUCUAGACACUGUUAUGAAUAACUUGAAGGAGGGGGCCAGCAUACAAAAAUGCUUCAAAGAGAUUCAAAAAGAAUGUGACAGAAAUGAUAUGAAGGUUUCCUGCAUGUACAUUGAUAAAUUUACUGACAAGUUUGUUCUACCUACACCAUAUGAACCUUUCAAUUCAAGAGCAGAGAAAGAGUACUACAAGAAGCAGCUGGAGAUAUACCGCUCUAUGUGGCACCCAAUACGUUCCAAAACCAUCAGUGCCAUAUCAGAAAAUAAAGAUAAAGUAUUGUCCAUAGUUCGCAGUGAGAGGAUAGCUAGGAUAGCUACAUCAUCAGUCAGUUUAGUGCUAGGAGGUGGGAUGGUGGUCCUUGGUCUUGCUCUGAUUCCAUUCACACUUGGUGCAUCAGUAGCCCUGUCAGUUGCUGGUGGUGCGGUCGGGGCUGGUGCCGCACUAGGAGGGGUUGGAGCAUUUAUUGCUAGAAAUAUUUUAGAAAAUAAACAACUGAAAUCAGCUCAAGAGCACAUUCGCCUUGAUCAGCAGUUGAGUAUUAGUAUCAAUGAAAUUGCUGAGAAGUAUAGUAUUGCUAUGGUAAAGUGUACUCAGUCUGCUCUCAGCAGUGAAGGAAUGGUGGGAAGUUUUGCAGCUGGAGGAGCCCAGGGUAUUGCCAACCUGAGUAGGAUUGGUAUGGGCAUUGCGGUUGGAUUAGAGUCGGCUGCGGAGACUGGAGCUAUUGCUUUGCGUACUGGAGCACGUGUUGCUGGUGCAGCCCUAGCUGGGGUUUCAUUAGCAGUGACAGUACCUCUUGAUGUUGGAAUGAUUGUGUAUCAUAGUUUUAAUAUACACAAGUCUUUAAAAGAUAAGACUGGUAAAAGUGACCCUAGUCAAGUGGUACAAUGGCUCAUCAAGCAAAUUGAAGACAUGCUGAAAGGUACUUGCAUCACUAUUGAGUUACAAAAGCAUUCAAUAGAAGGAGGAAUUGAAUCCACAAUUGAAAGUACUGACUAUGGUUAUGAGUUGAUUGUACCAGCUCUCACUGAAGAGAAGUCAACCAUUAAUGUUCGCACUAUAUUCUGUGGUCCUUUUACUCUACCUGAUGGCUGCACUAUUGUUAGUGCUAUAUAUGAUAUUGCACUACCAGAGGAGCUACCUCCAGAUUUUUAUACCACCAUCAAGCUAGAGCAUUGUGUUGAUCUCAAAGAUGACAUCACUGCCAGCAAAAUGUGCUUUGCAACUGCUGCUGUUGAUUUAGAAAAGAAAGUCUUUGCAUUCAAUUGCAUUAAUGGAGGGAUUUUUCCUAUAGGAGAGACAUAUGCUUCGUUAGAGAUCAGUAAAAGCUGUCUUAUUUGUGUCUUGUACAAAGGAUCUAUGAGGGAUACAGCAGUGAAGUAUGCUGGUCAAUGUUCUUAUGUCAAAGAAUAUAAGAACUACUGGACUAUGAGUAUACUAUUCACUAAACAUCUGAAG